AUGACAACCUGGCAACCCACUGAAAGAGGUCUAUCUGACCUACUCCAACUCUUGCAUCAGGCAAUCAAUCCAACUGAUGGUCAGAAUGUACAAGAGAGACUAGAAUAUUUCAACACCAUCCCGGACUAUAAUUCCUACCUCGUAUACAUUCUCACGCAGAUGCCACAGGAAGAUCAGUACGUUCGCUCUGUGGCUGGUCUGACACUGAAGAACAACAUUCGUACCCAUUUUACUUCCAUUCCUCAGGAAGUGAUGGAUUAUGUAAAGGAAAGCUGUCUACAACACAUGGGUGACCCGGACGUGGGCAAGUCCGUGAGCCUAGUAAUGGCUGCCGUGAUGGCGCGUGGGCAGGUGCAGAAUUGGCCCCAGGCACUCCAGGUCAUCCUUGACAAUCUCAAUGACCCUUCUCCGCUGGUGGUGGAGAAUGCACUCAACACCCUGCACAGGAUAUGCGAAGAUUGUGCAGAGGAACUCGAUAACAAUAUUAGAGGAGUCAACCCACUUGAAUUCAUUAUUCCUAAGCUCAUUACCUUCUUCGAUCAUCCGAACUGUAAACUGCGCUCCCAGGCUAUCAUGUCUGUGAACCAUUUUAUUCUCUUGAGAUCCGAGUCAUUAAUGCGUCGCAUGACAGGCUUCCUCCAUUCGCUCUUUCACAGGGCUACAGAUGACGAUGUGGGUGUCAGAAAGGCAGUCUGUCAAUCACUCGUCUCCCUUUUGGAAGUAUGUCAUGAUGCCCUCCUUCCUCAGCUAGACACCAUUGUAGAUUAUAUGAUCUACUCUACUCAAUCAGACGACUCCGAACUUGCUCUUGAAGCAUGCGAGUUUUGGUUUGUGUUUGCUGAACAAGACGAACUUAGAGGCUAUCUCCGUCCCUAUUUAUCUAAAAUUAUCCCGGUCCUUCUCGGAGGUAUGAUCUACUCAGAGAUCGACCUGUUGAUGCUUGGUGGAGAUGAAGACGAUGCCCAUGUGGCUGACACAGAUCAAGACAUCAAACCUCGCUUCCACAAACCUAGUGUUACAGGAGAAAGCAGAAGCCAACCUAACAACAAUCAAAGCAAUACGUCUCUAGAUGAUAGCGAGGACGAAGAUGAGGAUGAUUACGAUAUCGAUGACGAUAGUGAUGAGGCGAGUGAAUGGAGUCUGCGGAAGUGCAGUGCUGCUACUCUCGACAUUCUCUGUACUUCUUUCAAGGCAGAUGUGGUUGGCCUUUUGAUGCCACUCUUAAAGACUGAGCUUGAGAGCUCUGAUUGGUUGCACAGAGAGUGCGGUAUUCUUGCUCUCGGUGCUGCUGCUGAAGGUGGAAUAAGCGACAUUGCACUUCAUCUUCCUGAACUUGUACCUUACUUGCUCACACAUAUGAAUGAUCCUAAGCCUCUUGUACGAUCUAUAACCUGCUGGACACUGGGAAGAUACUGCCAUUGGAUCGUUCAAGUUAGUCGGCAGAGUCUUGAAGCACGUAAACUCUACUUUGAGCCCCUUGUGCAAGUGCUUCUUCAGAGAAUUCUGGAUAACAACAAGAGGGUUCAGGACGCUGCAUGCUCGGCAUUUUUGCGGUUGGAAGAGGAAGCUCUUGAGGAUUUAGUCCCUUAUCUCGAACCUAUCCUUGGCACCCUCUCGUCUGCUUUCAGAAAAUACCAAAAGCGUAACUUGUUACUUCUAUAUGAUACCAUUAGUACGCUUGCGGGCGCUGUAGACCAUGCAUUAAACACGCCUCAAUUCAUCAACAUAAUCAUGCCACCCCUCAUUCAGAAAUGGCAAGAAAUUUCGGACGAAAGCAUAGAUAUUUUCCCACUCCUUGAAUGUAUUUCAUGCGUCACUUCUGCGCUUGCCAAGGGAUUUACACCCUUUGCGGAACCUGUCUACUUUCGCUCCAUUAGCAUUGUCCUCAGAACCCUUCGAGAUUGCCAGGCUGCCAAUAUGGACCCUUCAAUGGAACCACCGAACAAGGACUUCAUGGUCGUUGCUCUUGAUUUGCUCUCUAACAUUGUCCAAGCACUCAACACAGAUGUAGAGCCUUUGGUAGCCAAAACGAGCCCUCCUAUUGCCCACUUCUUGUCAGUGUGUCUUAUGGACGAUGUCGGAGAAGUGAGACAAGCUGCAUUUGCUCUACUUGGUGAUCUUGCUAUCUCUUGUUUUGAACACAUUCAAAUAAUCUUACCUGACUGUAUGCCAAGUCUUCUCCAGCAAAUUAUUCCUCAAACAGAAGAGGUAUCCGUAUGCAAUAACGCCACAUGGGCUGCAGGUGAAAUUGCUUUGAAAUGGGGAGCCAACAUACAACCCUAUGUUGAACCUCUUCUGCAACGCCUCUUGCCUAUUCUUGCUGAUCCUACUACACAGCGCACAUUGAUGGAGAACUCGGCUAUUACAAUUGGUCGACUAGGUUUGGUGUUUCCUAAUGUUGUAGCAGGACAUUUGGAUAGUUUUGUUCGCCCAUGGCUUGUAGCAUUGACUCCUAUUCGCGACAAUGAUGAGAAAUCUUCGGCAUUCAAGGGACUUUGUGAAAUGAUUAAUGUGAAUCCACAAGGAGCUAUUAAUCACUUUCCUAUACUAUGCACGGCUAUUGCGAAAUAUCAAAGACCACCAAAGGAGCUUUGUGAAUCAUUUGCUAGUAUUUUGGGGGGCUAUAAAAAUAUGCUGGGUGAUGAACAAUGGCAACAGACUCUUGCAUCUAUGCCACAAGAUGUCAGUGCUGCUCUUCAUGGAAACUAUGGUGUUUAAGGUGUAUGUAAUUUACGAAAUGCACUUUAGAUUGACACUAUAAUGUUCAAAUGAUGUAGAGUAUAAAUAAGCGCAAUAAAGAAAACAACAUCGU